AUGUCUCGAACUAAAAAGGGAAUUCAAAUUGCAAUUGAUAGAGGUGGGACAUUUUGUGAUGUCAUAGCCAAAAUUCCUGGUCAACCAGACUAUGUAUUCAAAUUGUUAUCCGUUGAUCCACAGAAUUACAAGGAUGCACCUGUAGAAGGAAUUCGUCGAGUUUUAGAAAAAGCAACAGGUGCAAAGAUACCUAAAGGAAAAAGGCUUAGUUUGGAGUCAAUACAAAGCAUUAGAAUGGGUACCACCGUAGCCACAAAUGCAUUGUUGGAACGGAAGGGUGCCAAGGUUUUGCUUGUCACUACAAAAGGGUUCAAGGAUGUCUUGCUAAUUGGUAAUCAAACAAGACCUCAUAUUUUUGAUUUGACAGCGAAAAAAUUGGGGCACCUCUAUUAUCAAGUUUUAGAGAUUGAUGAAAGAGUUACGAUUGCUGGGUUUUCAGAAGGUGGAGGUGACAAUUUGAAAGUUGAUGUUGAGUCUGAUCCUGAAUUACGAGAAAGUGUUACCGGAGAUAUUGUCAGAGUUAUAAAAGAGCCAGAUUAUACAAAAAUUGCUGCUGAUUUGCGAGAAGUAUACUACCAGGGUGAAAUUAAAACAAUAGCAUUAUCAUUACUCCAUGCAUAUGCCUAUCCACAACACGAAGCUAAGAUAGCUGAAAUUGCAAAGAAAAUUGGUUUCAACGUUUCUGUGUCGCAUGAGCUUCAACCUAUGCUUGGAUUUGUCAAUAGAACCUCGUCAACUGUCGCAGAUGCAUAUCUUUCUCCGGUAAUCAAUGAGUAUGUCAGGAACUUUGGUGCAGGAUUUGAAGGGGGAUUAGAGGCAUUUGGUAAUAAGUUGUUAUUUAUGCAAUCAAAUGGUGGUUUAUGUCCGUGGUAUAAAUUUACCGGGUUGAAGGCGAUUUUAUCUGGUCCAGCCGGUGGUAUGGUUGGUUAUGGUGAGACCUGUUAUGAUGGCAUUUCAAAAAAGGCAACCAUAGGUUUUGAUGCCGGAGGUACGUCAACAGAUGUCUCAAGAUAUGCUGGGAAUUUGGAUCACAUUUAUGAGACAGUUGUCAGUGAAAUAAAUUUACAAACACCUCAAUUGGAUAUUUCUACUGUUGCAGCCGGGGGUGGUUCUAUGUUGUUUUGGAAAAAUGGAAUGUUUGUUACUGGUCCUGAAUCUGCUGGCUCUGACCCUGGCCCUGUAUGUUACAGAAAGGGGGGGCCUUUAACAGUAACAGACGCCAAUUUGUUUCUCAAUCGGUUAUUGCCAGACUUUUUCCCCAAGAUUUUUGGUCCAACUCACGAUCAGCCUUUAGAUUAUGAAUUGACUGCAGAAAAAUUUAGAGCCUUAGCAGACGAGAUCAACAAAGAUAAAGCAGAAGAAGGGAUAAUUUUGACACCAGAAGAAGUCGCCAAUGGAUUUUUAAAAGUGGCCAUUGAGUCAAUGGCAAGACCGAUCAGGAACAUGACAGAAGCCAAAGGCUUUGAAACUGCUCUGCAUAAUUUAGCAAGCUUUGGCGGCUCGGGUGGCCAGUUUGCUGUUUCAUUAGCAAAGAAUUUGGGAAUUUCUCAUGUUGCCAUCCACAAGUACUCUUCUUUGUUAUCUGCGCAUGGUAUCCAGUUGGCAGAUAUUGUUAUUGAAAAGCAAUCGCCAGCGUCUUUUACUUACUCACAGAAGAAUUUUGCCGCUAUUGACAAUAAGAUAAAGCACUUGAUUGCGGCUGCACGAAAGGAUUGUGAAGAACAGAAUUUGCUUGGUUUCAAGACCAGAUGGGAAACUUUGUUAAAUAUGAGAUAUGUUGGAUCUGACACCCAUUUACUCAUCCCUGUUACUAAAGGUGAAUAUGAUGCAGAUCAGAAGUUUAUUACUCGACACAAGAAUGAAUUUGGGUUCAAUUUGGAUAGAAAAGUCUUGGUCGAUGACGUCCAAGUUUUGUUGCAUGUUGAGUCUGAUGAUAAAGCGAAAUAUAAUCCAUAUGAGGACUUUGCCAAAUUGGAAAAUAAGAAUUCAUAUCUAGCUCCUUCAAAAAUUCAAAAGAAUGUUUAUUUUGAAACAGAAGGGUGGUUGGAAUCAUCUGUUUAUUUUUUACCCGAUUUGCAAAAAGGGCUGAUUAUCAAGGGUCCGUCUAUUAUAAUUGAUAACACACAAACAAUUCUAGUUGAGCCACGCUCCAAGGCAGCAAUUCUAACUGACCAUAUAUUAAUCGAAGUAGAACAAGAGAAAAAGUUAGAACUUUCAAAAACAACAAUUGAUCCUAUUCAGUUGUCUGUAUUUGGACACAGGUUCAUGUCAGUAGCUGAACAAAUGGGUAGGACAUUACAGCAAACUGCAAUAUCUACAAAUAUUAAAGAAAGGUUAGAUUUUUCAUGUGCCAUAUUUGAUAGCAAUGGUGAUUUAAUCGCCAAUGCCCCACAUAUUCCAAUUCAUUUGGGUUCUAUGUCUUAUGCAGUCAAAGCUCAGAUCGAAUUGUGGAAAGGGAAACUACAUCAUGGUGAUGUAUUGGUUUCAAACCAUCCCAAAGCUGGCGGAUCGCACUUGCCAGAUAUUACAGUUAUCACGCCAGUUUUAGACAAAUCUAACAACCCUCUUUUCUGGACUGCUUCAAGAGGGCAUCAUGCUGAUAUUGGUUCUAUAGCGGUAGGAUCAAUGCCACCAAAUUCUAAAACCAUUUAUGAUGAAGGUGCUGCUAUAAUCACACAUAAGUUGUGCAACAAAGGUGUAUUCGACGAGGAAGGGGUCAUCAAAAUUUUGGUUGAAGAACCAGCCAAACAUCCUGGUGGAUCAGGAACUAGAACGUUGAGUGAUAACAUAUCUGAUUUGAAAGCACAGGUCGCAGCAAAUUAUAAAGGUAUCACUUUAUUGAACAGAAUGGUGGAAGAGUUUACGUUUGAAGUUAUUGAUUUAUACAUGAAAGGUAUCCAAUCUACUGCCGAGAUCUCAGUCCGAAACUUGUUGAAAUUGGCAUAUAAGAAAUUUGGGGGUAAUAAAUUAAAAGGUGUCGAUUAUUUGGAUGACGGAACUGCAAUUGCUUUGACAGUUGACAUUAAUCCAGAAACAGGGUCGGCGUUGUUCGAUUUUAGUGAAUCGGGAGAUGAAGUAUACGGUAACUUGAAUGCUCCAAGGGCAAUAUUGUAUUCGGCCGUGCUCUAUGUAUUGAGAUGUUUAAUCAGUACUGAUAUCCCUCUUAAUAAUGGCUGCUUGAGACCAAUAGAAUUUAGUACGAGAGAAGGGUCGAUUGUCAAUCCGUCUUACGAUGCAGCAGUAGUUGGUGGAAAUGUUGAAACCACUCAAAGGAUUGUAGAUGUGAUGCUAAAGACUUUUCAAGCUGCUGCAGGAUCACAGGGAACUUGUAAUAAUUUCACUUUUGGGACGAAUGAUCCAACCAAGGGUAUAUCCUUUGGAUAUUACGAAACAAUAUGUGGCGGCUCUGGUGCUGGUCCCACAUGGGAUGGUCAAUCGGUGGUCCAAUGUCAUACUACAAAUACAAGAAUGACCGAUACAGAGUUAUUUGAGAAAAGAUAUCCUGUGUUGGUUCAUGAAUAUUCAGUUCGUCAAAAUUCAGGAGGUAGAGGGUUUCAUAAAGGUGGAGACGGUGUUGUUCGAGAUAUAGAGUUUUUGUAUCCUUUGGAAGUUUCGUGUUUGAUGGAAAGAAGAUCAUUAGCCCCAUAUGGGUUGUUGGGUGGUGGUGAAGGUGCUCGUGGUAUCAAUUAUUGGUAUCAGAAAUUGGAUAACGGGAGGUAUAGAAAGAAGUCGUUGGGUGGGAAAUGUACUGUUAAAGUGGGAGCGGGUGACAGAAUUGUAAUUAAAACUCCAGGUGGGGGCGGAUUUGGUGAGCUGUUGCCAGGAGAGUUGAAUUUCCCCAUUGAGAGCUCGCGUCCCAGUGUCUUAACGGGAUCUGUGGGGGUUAGAAAAAUCACCCAACAAACUAAUUGA